UAGGUCUGCCUUCAAUUCUAAAAAUUGGUAUUGGCUAGAAAAACAUCCGAUCUGGCUACAGCUACCCUAAUUCCAUUAGAGCUGCACUUUUCACCUGAUGUGGUUGUUAAAACACUCAAAUUAAAACUCCUUUAAGUUCAUAGUCUAAAAUAAAAACUAAGAAGUGUCCAUAAAACUCUUAAAGUAGACGUUAUAAAUCAGAAUCAGUGCAUUGCUUUUUCAUUAAAUUAACAUCUUCUACAAAAGAGGUCAUCCCAGAAAAGGAACCAUCUCCUUCAUCGGGAGUUGAAGGGAAUGUCCGGCUCCGAAGGCUGCUGGGAAUCCUUUCUGCUGUGUUUUAGGUGCAAUCUGACUUUUAACGAGGGUCGUAAAGCGCUGCAUGCUGAUGAAGAUGGAGGCGGAAGAGCAGCGUCAUGUGAGCCACGUUAGCUCUGUUUGUUGUUUACGUUUGGACGGGAGCCACGGUGGGACGUCAUGGGGGUGUGCACGCUGGUGGAGACUGUCACAGUCUUUGUGCUGAAACAGGAGCCGUGUGUGUUUCUGCUUCUCUGGGCUGUUCGGGCCGAAGUUCUGUUUGCUCUGGUCUUGAUUCAGGUUUUCCUUUAACGUUGGGAUGUUUGGCUCCACCGAUCAGGGAUGGAUGUGUUUCUGGAAGCGGGAGAGAGAGCCUGAGCUCGGACUCGGAGCGGGAACGAUUGGGACGGUGGCGCGUCCCGGCACUAAUUACCAGGUUUAUGGAAGCAGGUCGAGUCAUUGUUGAUGUGACUGCAUGACUGAGGACAACCACAAGGCCAGUGGCAGACAGUGUUGCUGGUUCCUGGUGAGCGUGAGAGAUGCAGUAAGGAGGGAGUGAAGCGCAUCAGUUCAAAGGUCAAAGUCCCGCCAGGAAGCUGCAGGAUGGAGACUCAGGAUCAGCCGCUGGCCCUGACUGUGUCGCAGUCGCUCCGUCCAACCAAUGGGAAGGAAGAAGAGGUGAACACAGAUGCAGAGUCCAUGGAGGAGGAGUUCAUCUGGGAGGAGUACAUGGAGGAGCACGGAGCUGACCCCGCCCCCCACACCACCUUCAAACAUGUGGAAAUCAGCCUGCAGAGCAGCUUCCAGCCAGGGAUGAAGCUGGAAGUGGCCAAUAAGAGCAACCCGGAGACCUACUGGGUGGCCACCAUCAUCACCACAUGCGGCCAGCUUCUGCUACUGCGCUACAGCGGCUACGGCGACGACCGCAAGGCCGACUUCUGGUGCGACGUGAUGACGGCUGAGCUGCAUCCGGUGGGCUGGUGCGCGCAGAACAGCAAGACGCUGAUGCCCCCUGAAGAUAACGUUUAUCUAAGAAAAGCGAUCAAGGAGAAAUACGGCGACUGGAGGGAGUUCCUGAUUCGUGACCUGACGGGUUCCAGAACGGCGCCGGCUAACCUGCUGGAAGGGCCUCUCCGAGGUAAAAACACCGUGGACCUGAUAGUGGAGGGCUCCUUCUUGGAGCUCCAGGAUGCUUCCGAACCUUUCGUUUACUGGCCGGCUCGAGUUAUUCGGAACAUCGGAGGGAGACUCCUCCUGCGUCAUGUCGGCCUAGGGGAGGAACACCAGACUAAGGACAUCUGGCUGUUUUACCUGGACAUUAGGCUCCGCCCCCUUGGCUGGGCCCAGGAGAACAGCCUCGCCUUAGAACCACCAACAGAUCUCAGGUCUCUGCAGACCGCUGACGAGUGGCAGCGAGCUCUGGAGAACGCUCGACUCGACGGACAGAAGAAUCCACUCCCAUUGGAGGUUUUCAAGGACCACGUGGACCUGCCCAAGCACUCCUUCAGGAUGGGCAUGAAGCUGGAGAUGGUUUCUCCGUGGGAGCCGCUCCAGAUUCGCCCCGUUUCUGUCACCAAGGUCUACAGUGAGAUCUACUUCCAGCUGACCCUGGAUGACCUCACUGCCGAUGCCAAGCCUCGGUCUGUGGUGUGUCACGCCAACUCGCCUGGCAUCCUGCCGGUCCAGUGGUGUCUGAAGAACGGCGUGGCUCUGGAGAAACCUCGGGGCUACGAGGGUCAGGACUUUGACUGGGCAGACUACCUGAAGCAGAGCGCGAGCGAAGCGGCUCCCGAUGCCUGCUUUCCUGAUACAUGGCAGAGCCGAAGCUUUGCCAAGGACAUGUGGCUGGAGGCGGUGAACCCUCAGAGGCCGGCGGAGGUGUGCGUGGCUCAGAUCACACGGGUUAGAGGACGCCUGCUGUGGCUCCGACUAGAAGGUGUAGCGAAGCCAUUGUCAGAGAGCAUCGUGGAUGUUGAAUCUAUGGAUAUUUUUCCUGUUGGUUGGUGUGAGGCCAACGCUUACCCUUUGACCCCUCCACUCAAGCCUGUCUGCCAGAAGCAGAAGAAGAUAGCGGUUGUCCAGCCAGAGAAACAGUUGGCUCCAUCCCAUCCGGCCGAGGCGACUCCUGUCAACCACUGCCAGCCUGUCGUCAUGGAUCCAGGUUCAGCUAACGGAAGAUACUGUUGCUCCAAGAUUUUUGUCAACCAUCGUUGUUUCUCAGGCCCGUACCUCAACAAGGGACGCAUUGCCGAGCUGCCACAGGCUGUUGGACCCGGCAAGUGCUCGCUGGUCCUCAAAGAGCUGCUCAGCAUGCUGAUCAAUGCCGCCUACAAGCCCGGUCGAGUCCUGAAGGAGCUGCAGGAGCUGGAGGAUCAGAGCUGGGACAGCCAAGAGGAGACCCUCAAAGCAAAAUAUAAAGGGAAAACGUAUCGCUCCACCAUCAGAAUCGUUCGCCUGGCGGAGCAGAUCCCAGACUUCUGCAGGAAGGUGUGUGUGAAGCUGCAGUGCUGCCCGAACCUCUUCAGCCCCCUCCUUGUCACCGACAAGUGCCCGGAGAACUGCUCCGUCCAAACCAAAACCAAAUACACCCAUUACUACGGGAAGAAAAGGAAGCUGUCCAAACCGCCGGGCGGGGAGGAGACAGCGGAGGGUGAGCCGGCCAAGCCCACGCGCCGCAGGAAGAAGAGGAAGGCCAUCUUUGUGCAGAAGAAAAGGCGCUCGUCAGCUGUUGACUACACGCCUGCAGGCUCUCCGCAGGACAGCGACGAGGGAGCGGACGGUGAAGAGCUGGCGCUACAGUCGGGCAGCGAGGGCACCAGCUCGGAGCCCUGCGACGACCACACGGACGCCUCGUCGGUGGAGGUGACCAGCAGCAGCAGCAGCAGCCGGCCUCGCCGAGCCGCGGCGCUCCGCAGAGCCUUCAGUGUGGGGAACUCCACGGGCAGCCAGGAGGCCUCGGAGGGCCGCAGGCGGUCCACCCGCUCGCUGUCGGCUUCCCACCAGAACAACAAGAACCAAACGCCUAAAGAAGAAGAUGUGAAGGCUGAGGAGGAUGAAAGUCAGCUGGUUUUGGACAGAAACCCUCUGGGGUGGAGCGUGGACGAAGUCGUCCAGUUUAUUACCUCCACUGACUGUGCAUCGCUGGCCACCGUCUUCAGGGAGCAGGACAUCGACGGCCAGGCCCUGCUGCUGCUGACUCUGCCUACAGUCCAGGAGUGCAUGGACCUGAAGCUCGGGCCCGCCAUCAAGCUGUGCCACCAGAUCGAGCGAGUUAAAGUGGCCUUUUACAAACAGUUCGCCAACUGAGAUCAGGAGGAACGCCGGUGUGAACAACCAGGAAAAAACGGAUCUCCAAACUUCAUGAAGUCUUUGGAUCUGUUAAAUCUGAAAAGCACAUCUGAAUGAGACGCGUUUGCGGAUCUUCGGCGGACUUCCGCGACUCCCUGCUGCCAACUUCAGCAAAUCCAACACCGGACCGGAUCUUUGUGCUUUUCUCUUGCAUAAAAAACAUAUUUUAACUUUAAACAUUUGUUUAUUUCCCAUCAUGGUUCACAUCAACUAAGGAGUUUUAUUUCUGUCUUAUUGGUUCUUUAAAAUAUAUUCUGAAAGUAUUUAACAAACCAAGAAGUAAUAUAUUUGCAAUAUUUAUCACUCUUCAUAUUUUUUACAGAGUAAUUUGGAUUUCAGCAUAAAAUCGUUUUCCAGUGAAUCAAACAAUAAUGUGAGUUUUGAACACAGCAGCAUGCGUUUUCAUUUUCUUUCUUACAGUCCUUAAAAAGCUAUUUUGUGUCCAUCUAUGCAAUUGUUGUGCAGAAAUGUUUGGUAAGAAAAUAAAUUUCUAUCGAUUUUUA